AUACACCAACCUUUGUUGCUGUCCUCACCGACAUCAACUCCGAGCACCACUACUGCACUGCUUGACCUUCUGGGAGCCAGUGGAGCCUUCACAGCAGGAAACAGUGCAUGCGAGGGUGCCACAGAGAGGGAGGAAGAGGAGGAUGAGGGAGGCCAGACGCACCUGUCGCCCACAGAGCCUGCCCCAUAUGCCCAGAUGUUUGCCCCAAAGACGCUGGCACUGGUGUAGCAACUUGACCACACAGAAGUGUUCAGGAACGGCCUUGGCCUCAUCUAUGCCAUCCACAUGGAGGGCCUGAAGGUAUUCCCAGGGAAUGUGAUUAGGAACCUGCUGACGUACACCGUGCCCCUGGCUGGGGGCUCACAGAGGACGAUCUCUUUUGGGGCUGGUGAUCGGCAGGUCAUCCAGACUUCACUGGCCGACUCGCUGCCCAUCAGCAGCUGCAGCGUGGCUCUGCUCUUCUGCCAGCUGGACAUCACCAAUGUGCUGUCUUUGUUGUGUGUCACCCUCACAGAGCACAAGGUUCUCUUCCUGUCCCCUAGCUACCAGCAGCUUGCUGAUGCCAGCAGGGACCUCCCAGCAUUGCUGUUUCCUCUCAGAUACAGCUUCACCUAUGUGCCCAUCCUGCCGGCCCAGCUGCUGGAGGUCCUCAGCACACCCAUGCCCUUCAUCAUCGGGGUUAAUGCGGCUCUCUAGGCAGAGACCCAGGAGCUGCUAGAUGUGAUUGUUGCUGAUCUGGAUGGAGGGACGGUGACCAUCCCUGAGUGUGUGCACAUUCCACCCUUGCUAGAGCCACCGCAGAGUCAGACUCACAGUGUUCUGAGCAUGGUCCUGGACCUGGAGCUGGAGUAGGUUGACCUUGCCUUCCCUCCACCCACGACAUCCCCCUCCUCCCUGAAGUCCUCCCAUGCAGGACAAAGAGCUGCAUGCCAUCUUCCGGUGGCUCUUCGAUCGGCUGCUGCAGAGCUAUCUCUGGUGCCUGCACGUCAUGCGCAUUCACCCGGAGCCUGUCAUCCACUUCCAUAAGGCAGCCUUCCUGGGCCAGUGUGGGCUGGUGGAGGACGAUUUCCUGAUGAAGGUGCUGGAGGGCAUGGCCUUUGCUCUCUUCGUGUUGGAGCGUGGGGUCCUGUACCACCCCACGGAACUGUCUGAUGAGCUGGUGGCCCACGAGUGGCAUGCAGGCGGGCAGAUGAGAACCACUCCCAGUGUGUCCUGCGUCACAUCCAGGAACUGGCAGAGCAGCUCUACAAGAACAAGAACCUGUACCCAGACUUGGCAAUGCACAAGGUACAGAGGCGGGGCGAGAGCAGCCAUCUGCAAUGGGCGCCCCAGCCCUUCCCCUGGCUGGAUGAGGGCACCAUGUAGCGGAUCGUGGACCAGGCUACUGCCAAGAUACAAGAGGCACACCUAGCCAUGAAGGCUGAAAGGAGGACCACAGGUUCCUCAGGGCCCCGCAUGACUGCCAUACUGGAGCGAUGCAGUGGGCUGCAGGUCAACAGCGCUGGCCGGCUAGAGGUUGUGGUCAAUUGCAUCUCCCAUGUGUUUGAGGGGAAGAUGCUUGAGGCCAAGAAGCUGCUCCCAGCCAUGCUGAGGGCCCUGAAGAGGCGAGCUGCCCACCGCUGCCUCGCCCAGGAGCUGCACCUGUAUGUGCAGCAGAACUGGGCAGUCCUGGAUAACCAGCAGUUUGACUUUGUCAUCCAUAUGAUGAACUGCUGCCUGUAGGACUGCACUUCUCUGGACGAGCAUGACAUCUUGGCUGCUCUGCUGCCUCUGGUCACAACCUUCCUGGAAGCUGAGCCGGAGGGGUGAGGCAGUUCUCUUACAGCUGUGUGCAGGAGCACGUGGUGUGGAGCAUACCAGAAUUCUGGGAGGCCAUGUUCUACUGGGACACGCAGACUCACGUGUGGGCCCUCUACCUGGAGCCAACCAAGGACCAGGCCCCUGCCCAGGAGGUUGGGGAGGUACCUUCCCAGGAGGACGAGCAAGCACUCUGCCCUAGACGUGGCUUCUGAGCAGUGGUGCCUGUGGCCAUCCUUGAGCUGUGAGAAGCAGCAGGAGCUGAUGCAGAAAGAGGAGAGCACAGUGUUCAGCCAGGCCAUCAACUACGCCAACUGCAUGAGCUACCUCCUGCUGCCCCUGGACAGCAGCAAGAACCUCCUGCUUCAGGAGCUGCUGGGCUGGGUGACCUAGAGAGCGCCAGCAACAGCCUGGUCCCCAACAGCAUGGCUGGCAGUGUGGCUAAGAGCUAUGACAUGGGGAGAGGCUUUGAGGACAGAGACCUGCAAUGUAGCUGGGGCUGUGGUCUGCUUCAUCAACUGCUUUUUGGACAAGUUUUGCACAGAGAGCGGGGUCACCAGUGACCACCUCAAAGGGCUGCAUGUCAUGGUGCCAGACAUCAUCCAGAUGCACAUCGAGACCCUGGAGGCUGUGCAGCAGGAGAACUGGAGGCUGAUGCCCACCCAGAAACCCAAGCUACUGAGGCUGCACUUGCUGUCUGGUGAAGAGUGGGUGCUGGACGGCCUGCACGUCUACCUGCUACCGGAUGGGCAUGAGGAGGGUGCGGGGGGCAGUGCAGGGGAGGCCAGCACUGCUCCCAGCUGAGGGUGCCAUCUUCCUCAUCACAUACCAGGUCAUCUUCACGGGGAUGCUCACAGACCCCCUGGUGGGGGAGCAGGUGGUGUUCUGCUCCUUCCCGGUGGCCGUGCUGACCAAGAAGUGUAUCAGCAUCCAGAACCCUGUGGACCAGCUCUUGCAGGACGGACUGCAGCUGCGCUUGUGCACAUUCCAGCGGCUGAAAAUGGCCUUUGAUGACGAGGUGGGGUCUGACAGUGCCGAGCCCUUCUGCAAGCAGCUGCAUAAGCUGCGGUACAUGCUGGAUGUCAGGGCUACCUUCUCCUUCACCCUGGGCUCUGCCUACACACUGGGCAGGCCACCCCGUGUCACCAAAAACAAGGGUCUUUCCCUCAGAACCCUGUCCCGGAACCUGGUUAAGAAUGCCAAGAAGGCCAUCAGGUGGCACAAUGUCACUCGCAAGAAGUACAACACCCCCCAGCUAGGAGCGCUGGGGCCAGCCCCCUGAGGACCAGGAGGAUGAGAUCUCAGUGUCUGAGGAGCUGGAGCCCAGCACGCUGACCCCAUCCUCAGCCCUGAAGCCCUCAGACCACAUGACCAUGAGCAACCUCCUGAUGGAAAGGACUUGCUGCCGCGAUUACCAGUGCCUCAGCCUGGGCACCCUGAGCAGCCGCCUGAGCUGGGUCAAGUCUGAAUCCUUCUGCAUUUCUCCUGUCAACUGCAUGUAUGCCAUCUACUGCAGCUACCCGGGGCUGCUGAUCGUGCUCCACAGUGUCCAGGACAAUGCCCUGCAGCGCGUGUCCCACUGCUACCGCCAGAACCGCUUCCCCGUUGUCUGCUGGUGCAGCAGGCGGUCCAAGGCAGUACUGCUGCGUUCUGGGGGCCUGCAUGGCAUAGGUGUCGUCGGCCUCUUUAAGGCCCAGAACGCACCUUCUCCAGGCCAGUUCCAGGCGGACUCGAGUAGCGUGGAGCAGGAGAAGUACCUGCAGGCUGUGGUCAGCUCCAUGCCCCGCUACUCUGGUGCAUCCGGAUGCAACACACUUAGCGGCUUCUCCUCAGCCUACAUGGGCAGUCACAUUCCCAGCCCCAGAGCCAGGGUCACCACACUGUCCAACCCCAUGGCGGCCUCAGCCUCCAGACUGACUGCACCCCAAGGUAAGUGGGGGCAGUGUCCGGACCAGUGGGCUCAGCAGUGGGCUUGGUGCCAAUGUGGGCACCUGGCUAGCUGGCAGAGACGUGCUGGCCCCACCCCAGGCCAACAGGUGCCCCCCCCCACCAGGACUUCCUGUGGCCGCAGCGAGCAGCCCUCUACAUCCUCGGGGACAAAGUCCACCUCAAGAGUGUGAGGCCAGAUCCGCUGCAGCAGUGGGAGCUGGUGCCCAUUGAGGUAUUCCAGGAGCGGCAGGUGAAGGCUAGCUUCAAGAAGCUGCUGAAGGCAUGUGUCCCAGGCUGCUCUGCUGCUGAGCCCAGCCUAGCCUCCUUCCUGCCCUUGCUGGAGGACUGGAGUGGCUGAUUCAGAUCCACAAGCUGCUGCAGGUGUUGGUGCUGGUGGGGAGCUCCUGUACUCAAGCUCCUCCGUGCUGAUGGGCCUGGAGGAUGGCUGGGCCAUCACCACCCAGGUGGUAUCCUUGGUGCAGCUGCUGUCAGAUCCCUUCUACCACAUGCUGGAGGGGUUCUGCCUGCUGGUGGAGAAGGAGUGGCUGUCCUUCAGUCAUCGCUUCAGCCACUGGGGAGCCCACAUUCUGACUGGACAGAGCAGCAGCUUCACACCAUCUUCCUGCAGUUCCUGGACUGCCUAUACCAGGUCCACCCGCAGUUCACCAUGGAGUUUGAGUUCAGCCAGUUCUACCUCAAGUUCCUUGGCUACCAUCAUGUGUCCCGCUGUUUCCGGACCUUCCUGCUGGACUCUGACUAAGAGCACAUUGAGCUGGGGCUGCUGUAAGAGAAGGGACAGUGCAGGGGCCAGCUGCCUUGCAGGUCUGUGUGUGGACCGGAUGAGCAAGAGGACACCCAUGUUCCACAAUUACAUGCAUGCACCCAAGGACACAGAAGUCCUGCGGACCUACAGCAACGUGUCCAAUCUGAAGGUGUAGGACUUCUAUAUUGAGGAGAUGCUGGCCUAGGGCCCUCCCUAUGACCAGAAACUGGCCCAGGGGCCCCCUGAGCCCCAGAGUAAGAAUGGUCUGAGGGAGGCACUCCCUGCUGAGGGAGGCAGCUACCACAGCUGCCCAGGAGCCCAGCCCGACGCCAUCUCACACCUGCUGGAGGAGCUGCAGAGGCUGGAGACAGAGCUGGGCUGACCCGCUGAGCGCUGGAAGGACACCUGGGAUCGGAUGAGGCUGCACAGCGCCUCGAAGCCCGGCCAGAUUGACGUGGCACCCCUAGCUCCCUCCUAGUGUCCCCUGCACCCCACCACCGCUGCUCGCUGGUUAUGUACCAGCAGGAGGAACCCCUGGGCUCCACCCUGAGCCUCAGCCUGGAGAGCGACCAGAGAAGUGGCUCGACUGCAUCUGGCUCCCGCCAGGCUGCCCACCGCAGCACCAGCACCCUGUACAGCCAGUUCCAGACAGCUGAGAGUGAGAACAGGUCCUAUGAGGGCACUCUGUACAAGAAGGAGGCCUUCAUGAAGCCCUGGAAGGCCCGCUGGUUCAUGUUGGACAAGACCAAGCACCAGCUGCGCUACUACGGCCACCGUGUGGACACUGAGUGCAAGGGUGUCAUCGACCUGGCGGAGGUGGAGGCUGUGGCACCUGGCACGCCCACCAUGGGCGCCCCUAAGAGCGUGGAUGAGAAGGCCUUUUUUGACGUGAAGACAACAGGUCUCGUUUACAACUUUUGUGCUCAGGACGUGCCCUCGGUCCAGCAGUGGGUGGACCGGAUCCAGAGCUGCCUGUCGGAGGCCUGAGCCUCCCGGACUUGCCUGGUUGCUCUGCUUCCAGUCGUUACCGACCACUAGGGGUGGGCAGGGCCGCCCUGGCCAUGUUUACAGUCCCGGUCCGGCCCUCGGCAGUAUUGAGGCCCCGAGCCCCCACCGCUUGAGUGUACAGCCCCCAUCCCCGCCCCGCCCCGCCCAGCCGGCCCUAACUUAUUUUGGCGUCACAGCUGAGCACCCUGCCGGGAGGUGGCCAAGGUACAGCCCGCAAUGGGCCUGUAAAUAGUCCAGCCAGCCGGCUGCAGGCGAGUUGUUUCUAGAACCAGAGUCUAUAUAAAG